CAACAUUUUUCACCUGGCAUGCAGUGCACCGUAAACGCCAACACGGCGAGCUGUGCGGUUAAACAAACAUCCAGAGCAACAUGAGCAGAUUUCCUUUCUGCUGCCGCUGCUAGUGAGCCUCGCAGCAGCACCCAGAAGUGAACAAAGCGACCCGGAAGCGGUGGUCCGACUGGAAGCAGAACAUCAAGCUUUUAUAUUAUAGCUCUUCUCGCAGGACAAUAAUCUGCAGCCUGGAACACAAGGAUGGCAGAGCCUCGGUUUAACAACCCUUAUUUCUGGCCCCCGCCCCCCUCCAUGCCCGGCCAGCUGGAUAACCUGGUCCUCAUUAACAAGAUAAAGGAGCAGCUGAUGGCGGAGAAGAUUAGACCUCUGCACCUGCCGCCCACCUCCACCCCCUCUCAGCAGCCUCUGCUGGCCCCCACCUCGUCCCCAGACGGUGGCGGUCCACACGGGAUGCCAGGGCCAAAACCUCAGCAGCAGCAGGUGCCGGGCCACCACUCGCAGCAGCAGGGCUCCGGGCAGCCGGACAUCGCUCUGCAUGCUCGUCCUACCUCCAGCUCCGGAUUAGAUGGAAAUCUGGAUGACAAGUCAUCGGUAAAGGCCAAAGGAUUAUGGGAGGACUGGCAUAUGAGACAACUUAGUGAGCAAUCCGCCCGGGUCAACCAUCGUUCAGGUCUGGCUCCCUCAUCUCGACCCGACAACCACAGCACCUCAGAGGCCCUGACCCCCACCACUCCAACUUCAAGCAGCCAGAACCGUUUGGGUGGUGCUCCCUCUGUCAACAUCAUUUCUGGGCUAGCUAGUGGUCCUGGCAUGGACCAUAUGAAGAGUGGAGGUCUAGCAGGACUCCUGGGCCCCCCACCAAAGGCGACGAGAGGAAGAAAGAAGAUUAAAGCUGAAAACGCAUCUGGUCCUCUGCUGGUAGUGCCCUACCCAAUCCUGGCUGACCAAGGCUGCGUCACCGUGGCGCCUAAAGAGGGCAAAACCUACAGGUGCAAAGUUUGCCCGCUCACCUUUUUGACCAAGUCAGAGAUGCAGAUUCAUUCCAAGUCCCACACAGAGGCCAAACCACAUAAGUGUCCCCACUGCUCCAAGACGUUCGCCAACGCCUCCUACCUGUCCCAGCACCUGCGCAUCCACCUCGGGAUCAAACCCUAUCACUGCUCCUACUGCGAGAACUCUUUCCGCCAGCUGUCGCACCUGCAGCAGCACACCAGAAUCCACACUGGUGAUCGGCCUUAUAAAUGUGCUCAUCCUGGAUGUGAAAAGGCUUUCACUCAGUUGUCUAACCUCCAGUCUCACCAGAGGCAGCACAAUAAAGACAAGCCCUACAAAUGUCCUAACUGCUACCGUGCCUACUCAGACUCUGCAUCGUUGCAGAUCCACUUGUCAGCGCAUGCCAUCAAAAACACUAAGGCCUACUGCUGCAGCAUGUGCGGCCGGGCAUACACCUCAGAGACCUACCUUAUGAAGCACAUGUCCAAACACACAGUCGUGGAGCACCUAGUGAGCCACCAAUCGCCACAGAGGACCGAAUCCCCCAGCAUCCCCAUUCGGAUCUCCCUCAUCUGAGCCCCCCCUCCCCACUCAAGCGUCCAGCAGCAAGAUUUAUCAGUUUGGCUUCAUCCAGAUCUCCUGAAGCCCUGCACCCAGGUUCCUCUACAUAAGGCUUACAUAAGGGUGGUGACAGCUGACCCCAAGCAUUCAGUGUUAAAAUUCAGUAAAUGCAUUUUAUUUUUCAAAGAGCACAGCGUUGUUUUCUGAAUGUAACGAUACGGCUUGAUGUUAAUCUGGCGGUGGGGGCAGCAAAGAAUGUCUUGAGUCAGAUUCAGUAAGCACUUUGGUAAGCAUCAUGUAAACCGUUGGAUGCAUCGGCAGUUAGAUAUAUUUUAAAUACCUGUUGUUUUUUUUUCCUUCACUUUAGAUUAUUUUGUCCCCCCUUUUUACAUCAAAUGGGUUUUCAAAACUUGUCAGGUGAUGUUUGGCCUUUUAAAGUUCUCUGAGAGGGUGUGGG